UGAGCAUAAUGCCACAGUAAUCAAGACACUUUGGUAUUGGCACAAGAAGAGACCCAGAGACCAAUGGAACAGACUAGAGAGCCCUGAUAUAAACCCAACCAUAUAUGGUCAAUUAAUGUACGAUAGAGUGAUUAUCUAUAUGUACCAUAAUGUUCAAUGGGGAAAUGACAGCCUCUUCAACAGCUGGUGUUGGCAAAACUGGACAGCUACAUGCAAGAGAAUGAAACUGGAUUAUUGUCUAACUCUGUAUGCAAAGUGAACUCAAAAUGGAUCAAAGACCUGAAUAUCAGCAGCAGGGACAGACCAACAAGUGGUGCCUGAAAAGGGACCUCAAACUCAUAGCAGGGAAGCUCCCGAAGAUCGUCGAUCCAUCUCUUGCCAGUGACAUCCGAUGUCCCAGAAAGUGGCAUUGUCCACUACAGUGCUGAAAAGAUACUCCUGACUUCCCAGCAGCGACAGCCUGCGUAAGACUUUGUCACAUUCAACUGGGUAGAUCCUGAAUAGGCAUGAUGCCUCCAGGCAGGUGGGAUGCUGUCCGUCCAGCUCAGGCCCAGGCUUCAAGGGAGCGAGGACAUCUUCUUCAGAUGGUAAAGAAAGAAGAAGAUGAUGAAGGCUAUACUUCAGUGCAGGCUGCCAGGCCACAGACACUCAACCGUCCUGGCCAGGAGCUGUUCCGCCAGCUUUUCAGACAGCUUCGCUACUAUGAAUCUUCUGGGCCCCUAGAGACCCUGAGCCGUCUCCGGGAGCUCUGCCGCUGGUGGCUGAGGCCUGAUGUUCUCUCCAAGGCUCAGAUCCUGGAGCUGCUGGUGCUGGAACAGUUCUUAAGCAUCCUACCUGGGGAGCUCCGGACCUGGGUGCAGCUGCAUCACCCUGAGAGCAGUGGGGAAGCUGUGGCCCUGUUGGAAGAGCUGCAGGGAGACCUUGAUGGAAAGCCAUGGAGGGAUCCAGCCCCUGCCCAGAGCCCAGAUGUGCAUUGGAUGGGUACAGGAGCCCUGCAAGCCACACAGAUAUGGCCCACUGCUUCACAUCUCAGGAGCAGCUCUGCUCUGGGGGACCACCUGGAGCCUCCCAAUGAAAUAGGAGUGCGUGACUUCCUCGCUGGGCAAUCCGAUCUUACUGCUGCACGGGCACUUGCCCUCUCCCAGAGAGACGGGUGCCCAGGAGACCAGGUGACAGCCCAGCCUCAGGAGGCUAUGACUUUCAAGGAUGUGGAGGUGACCUUCUCCCAGGAUGAGUGGGGAUGGCUGGACCCUGCUCAGAGAAACCUGUAUAAGGAUGUGAUGCUGGAGAAUUAUGGGAACAUGGCUUCUCUGGUAGGGCCAUUCACCAAACCUGCUCUGAUUUCCUGGUUGGAGGCAAGGGAGCCAUGGGGCCUGAAUGUUCAGGGAGCUCAACCUAAGGGGAAUCCAGGUGCUGCCCCUGCAGAAGGUGAGCUCCAGAUUAAAACAAAGAAGUUCAUCUUAAAACAUGAACCUUUGGAAGAAGACAAAACUUUAGCUAUGCCACCAGGGUGCUGUGCAACAAGUGUUUCUAAGGGAUCAGGGCUUAGAAACUCUUUUGAACAGAAGAGCAGGUUAAAGGAGCAAUGUGGAAGCCCUGGGCAAGUGAGAAUUAAGAAAGAAGAGACCCAUUUCAGUCAAAGGACAGGAAAAGAGUCUGAAGAAUCAGGAAAAAGUAGUAGUCUUAAUCUAAAUCAUGUUACAUAUUUGAAAGUUCCCAGAAGAAAGCGAUCACUUAAACAUGGCUGUGGCAGGCACUUAAGAGGGAAUUCAUACCGUUAUGACUACAAGGAAUAUGGGAAAGGGCUCAGACGCAUGAUUGGUGGGUUUAAUCUACAUCAGCGAAUUCAUGCUGGACUAAAAGGGAAUACAAAGGAUGCGCGUGGGAAAGACUUCAGCCUUAGCUCUCAUCCCCAGCAUGGGCAGAAUCUUCACACAGUGGGGACAUCGUAUAAGUGCAGUGACUGUGGGAGGACCUUCAGUCAUAGCUCCCAUCUUGCAUGUCAUCAGAGACUUCAUACUCAAGAGAAACCAUUUAAAUGUAGGGUUUGUGGGAAAGCCUUCAGGUGGAGCUCAAACUGUGUGCGACAUGAGAAAAUUCACACUGGAGUGAAACCUUAUAAGUGCAGUUUAUGUGACAAAGCUUUCCAGCGCAAGUCUGCCUACCGUCUGCACCAGGAAACCCAUGCUAAGCAGCAGUUUCUUGAAUCUAAUCAGUGUGAGGAAGCUCUUAUCUGUGGCUCAGGUUUUGAUGAUAAUUUGAGAGACCCAAAUGGGGAGAAACCCUUUGACUGCAGCCAGUGUAGGAAAUCCUUCCAUUGUAAAUCAUAUGUACUUGAGCAUCAAAGGAUUCACACUGAAGAAAAACCCUAUAAAUGUACCAAAUGUAGGAAAACCUUUAGGUGGAGAUCAAACUUUACUCGUCAUCUGAGAAUGCAUCAGGAAGAAAUAAUCUAUGAUCAAGACAAAUGUAGAGAAGACUUCAGGCAGACUUCCAACUGCAGUGAGCUCCAGACUGCCCCCACUGUGGAGAAUGCUUUUCUGUGUCAGCCUUGUGGGAAAAGUUUUACUCAAAAGAAAUCUCUUAUUUAUCAUCAGAGAACUCACACAGGUGAGAAACCAUACCGAUGUAGUGACUGUACAAAGGAGUUUACUCAUCAGGCGGCCUUUAUUGCUCAUAAGAAGCAGCAUGUCACUAAAAGAAAACCUGAAGAUGAGCCAUCUUUUAGUCAGGACAGAAUGUUCCAAGUUCCUCAGAGCAGUCAUCAUGGCAUGGAGGAAGACUACAAAUGUAGCCAAUGUGGCAGAGCCUUCCGUAAUCAUUCGUUUCUCCUCAUCCAUCAGAGAAUUCACACCAGAGAGAAGCCUUAUAAGUGCAGGGAGUGUGGGAAAGCUUUCAGAUGGAGUUCAAAUCUCUCUCGACAUCAGAGAAUUCACUCUUUCAAGAAACGGUAUGAGUGCCACGAAAGUGGGAGCACUGAAAAUCUGCAGCCACAAAUUCUCUCUGGUGAAAAACCAUUUUGGUGCCAAGAAUGUGGGAAAACCUUCACACGUAAAAGAAGUCUUUUAGAUCACAAGGGAAUACACAGUGGAGAGAAGCGCUAUAAAUGUAAUCUUUGUGGGAAAUCUUAUGAUAGAAAUUAUCGCCUUGUUAAUCAUCAGAGAAUACACACUAAAGAGAGACCUUUUAAAUGUCAGUGGUGCGGGAAGGAUUUCAUCGGAAGGCAUACCCUCUGCGUUCAUCAGAGAAAACACGCCAGGGCGGCACAGUCCGGAUGCAGCCUGACUGGGUUGUCUUCAUGCCAGGACACAGGGGUGAGUUUACAGGAAUUAAAACCAAUUGGGGAGAAGCCCCUUGAAGACUGUGAGGAAGCUUGUGACCAGAGCUCCAGGCUCACUGGACUCCAGAAAAAGUGCCACAAAUGUAGCACAUGUGGGAAAACUUUUAACAAGAGUUCACAGCUCAUUAGCCACAAGAGAUUUCAUACUCGAGAGAGGCCCUUCAAAUGCAGAGAGUGUGGGAAGACCUUCAGGUGGUCUUCAAAUUUGGCUCGGCAUAUGAAGAACCAUAUUAAAGAGUAGCUUGGGGUCUGACUGGAGGGAGAGGGGUUCCUAGCUACCUGCUAGAGGACUCUUAAUUGAGGAAAACCUUUACAAAGGGCCCAGCCUCUUUUUUGGAAGCUAAUGGCAGAGAAUCUUGAGGAUUUUAAAACUCAUGGUGUCUCCCAUCCUACCUGCUGGGAAGUGAGAUGCUGGGAAAGAGCAGGAACAUGUUCUUUGGGGCCCUUCUGGAGGCUCAGGCCCCAGGAGUAGCCUUUUCACAGUGGCCUGGAGCUGCCCCAACCAAGUCUCCUUCCAUAAUUCUAAAGGGAGAGAUCAUUGCCCUUUGUGGUUUGACAAAAUGUUUGGUAUAGUAGGCUGUGACUGCUGGGAAGGGGCCAGUUGGAUCUUAAGUGUCCAUUUGAGUUAGGCCUGUGAUUGUGCAUAUUCUAUUUGACCAUACAAGCAGCAGCAAGAACUCUUAGUCUCGCCAGAUGUCUCCUGGGGGCUCUUGGCUAAGGCUUCAGUCUUCACAGAUGGCUCUGGACAUCUGUAAUGGGCACAGAGUUAUCUCAGCGGCAAGUGGAGGAGAGCAGGCCACUGGGUUCAGUCACCUGGAGGAUGGAGCUCUCCAGGUCGCUGUCACCAUCUCUCUUCCACAGGUCUGUGUGGCAGUAGCAGUCCAUCUAUUAAACAAAUGUGCUAAGCACCUCUCAUAUGCCAGGGUCUCUUGUGUGUGCUAGAGACCCAACAGUGACUGGAUUAGACAAAAAAUCUGCCUUCUGAGGAUCUUUACAGACAAUAAACAAAUAAGGUAUAUAGUA